AUGCGUUCUUUGCAGCCUGAUCUAUGGGCAGCUGAGUUCGUCACCUUCCCAGCUGCAACCAUCUGUCUCAUCCUACGACUAUUCAGCCGAAGGAUAACAAGAGUAAAGCUCUGGUGGGAUGAUUACUUUGCGAUACUGUGCUAUGCCACUGCGGUAGCCUGGGCCACCAUGCUUCCAAUCUGGAUAAAUCACGGCUUCGGCUUACACUCGGACGAUAUCGAUGGUAUGACUACUGAAAAUGCCAGCUACACUACUAAAUGGUACCUGUUCAUCAUCGAACACCUUUACGCCUUCACACUCUUCUUUGGAAAGAUCUCCAUCUUGUCCUUCUACUGGCGCAUGUUCCGCGUCGCUAAUAUCCAAUUUGCUGUCUUAAUUCUGUUAACUUGUUCUAUUCUCUGGAUACUUAUUCGUAUCUUCCUUACCACGUUCCAUUGCUAUCCCGUACGUGCUUUCUGGGAUCCUAGCGUCAAGGACUUUGUGUGUCCGAUCAAGAGUGCAGACUUCUUCUUUGGUACUGUUCUUGCACACGUUUUAAUAGACAUUGGCAUCUUGAUUCUACCUAUCGUCCAAAUCCAGAAGCUUCAGCUCCCCGGUCUUCAGAAACUGGCGAUCUGCCUCUUGUUCACGUUUGGUGCUCUUGUUUGUGUUGCUGGUAUAGUCAUUGUCACUGUGGCUACCCGCUUCAACAACAAAUCGGAGGAUAUGACUUAUCAACUGGCGCCCAUCAUCAUAUGGGCCUCGGUCGAGGUAAACCUGGUAACAAUAUCGACCUGUCUACCAAUCAUCCGACCGGCCUGCCUAUAUCUCUUCACAUGCACGAACCCUGCAUCGACCAUUGACUCGCAUUCCAACGAAUACCGUCGCAAUUACCCCCGAAACCACCAAAGAAAGCAUUCAAUCCGUCUUGGAACGAUACCCAAAGAUGGAAGUAGCUCUACACAAGAGCUCACCGAAUUCGAACCGAGCGCGAGUAAUACAUCAAUGGCUUCAGUGGCCGAAAGCGAGGGCUGUAGGCGUCAUGGACAUACGGCCUCGGUGACUAUCCCAAGCCCCUCGAUUGCUGCGACCUAUACAGGCGUUGGUCGUAUUAUGGUCAAGAAUGAAACAAUUGUGCAUGUGUCAGACUCUAGGAGUCCUUGCUGA